GUCAUUGUGCCAUCCACUGACUAUGUAAAUAGUCAUGCUUUUUGCAUCAAAGCUUCAAUGUUCCUGGUAUUUUAUGUGAAGAUUGUGAACUGUGUGAUCAGCCAUGGCGUUUCAGGAGAUCUUGGAGAGAACAGGUGGCAUGGGACGAUAUCAGAUCAUUCAUGUCAUUCUUCUGUCCUUGCCAUUUUUCAUGUUGGCUAGCCACAAUCUCAUGCAAAACUUCACUGCUGCUAUUCCAAAACAUCGAUGUAAACUUAAUAAAUCCUGGGAAGAAGGUAAUUUUACUGGACCUUGGUUACAUGCUCAUAUUCCGUUGCAGUCAAAUGGGAAACUCUCUAGCUGCUCAAGAUAUACAAACCUCCAACUCAAUUUACUUAAUUAUAGUCUUACAAGCAAUACUAGUGACUUACAGACUGAGAUAUGUGCUGAUGGCUACAUGUAUGAUGACAGCGAAUUUUCUUCAACUAUUAUAAACCAGUGGGAUUUGGUCUGUAAUCGGAAGAAAAUGAGGCAGCUCGCUCAAUCCAUUUACAUGGCAGGAGUGCUGGUUGGAGCCAUAAUAUUUGGUGGGCUAUCAGACAAGUUUGGGCGCAGACCACUGUACAUUUGGUCAAACCUUCAGAUGUUUGUGACUGGAAUAUGCGCAGCUUUUGCUCCUAACUACAUUGUGUAUUGUGUCUUUCGUUUCCUGACUGGAACUGCUCUCUCUGGGAUUGUUCUCAAUUCCUACUCUCUAAUUGUGGAAUGGAUUCCCACAGAGUAUCGGGCAUUGACCAGUACAGCCACUGGGUACUGUUACACAAUUGGCCAGCUGGUGUUAGUGGGCCUUGCAUUUCUAAUUCAAAACUGGCGUAUGCUGCAGCUGGCUGCAUCCCUUCCCUUCUUCGUCUACUUUUUAUAUGCAUGGUGGCUCCCUGAGUCCAGCCGUUGGCUUGUUCUACUUGGGAAAUAUGAACACGCUAUCAAAGACCUAAAGAAGGUAGCCAGAAUUAAUGGGAGGAUGGAAGAAGAAGAAAAACUUACAGUAGAGGUAAAUGAUACACAAUGAUUUCACAUCGGUAGA